UGUCUGGACAAGUAAAAGUGUACGGAAGUAGCGUGUACCAAGAGGGUGUAACAGGUGAAGCUGAACCUGCAGUCUAUUUUUUACUUGUUGUUCCUGCGGUUUGAAAAUACAUAUAUAUAUUUUUGUAUCACGUAAAAACUGUGAAGACUCUGUAGUUUAGGAUUUGGUAAUAGACAUAUCUCCGUUUGAGCGUUUUCAUACGAUGGAAAGGAAUUGUACCGCAACAGCAGAAAAGAGAAAGCCGGCUUCACCUUUGAGGAGAAAAAACACGAAUGCAGAAACCUGUGAUGCUAACGAUGUUGCCCGCGCCAGGUGGACGCUGCUCAGACAGGUUCUGCGUCAGAAGCAGUUAGAAAGCCCUGAGAUCCAGCAGGUGUCUGUGCGCAGGUUCGCCACCUUUGACCUCUUCAGCAGGGAACUACUUGAGGCUAAAGAUGUCUGUGAUACCUCGGAUGUCCAGUGGGUGGAGUACAGAAGUGUGCACUUCCCCGAGUACAGUGCCUUACUGAGGGAUAACCUUGGGCCCGUCAGAGUUAAUGAAGUGCUCAACAGUUUUGACAACACUGGCAAUAUCUGUGUUUGGCCGUCGGAGGAGGUAAUGGCGCAUUACUGCCUUCAGAAACGACACACCUUCAAGGGUGCAGUGUGCGAGUUAGGAGGAGGCAUGACUUGCCUCGGUGGGCUCAUGGUUGCCAUUUCUGCUGACGUGAAGGAAGUUCUUCUAUCAGACGGCAACGAGAAGUCCAUCCAGAAUGUUCGAGAGGUAGUUGAAAAAAACAGGCAAGCUGGAAAGUUUGGAUCCACACACGUGUCCUCCAGGGUGCUGAGGUGGGACUGUGAAGAAGACAUCUCGGCCUUUGAGGGUCAUUUUGAUGUCAUCGUGUGUGCAGACUGUUUGUUUCUGGACCAAUACAGAGCCAGCCUGGUUGAUGCUAUAAGGAGAUUACUGCACCCCAAAGGAAAGGCGUUGGUGUUCGCCCCUCUGCGGAGUGAAACUCUGAGCCUGUUCUGUGAGCUGGCGCAGCAGGCCGGACUGAGCGUGUCUCAGCACCAGCAGUACGAUGCUCAGGUCUGGGAUGUUCACCUAAAGAUGCAAAGAGAAGGGAAACAAGUGUAUGAUGAGAACAUCCACUAUCCUCUCCUCAUCAUCUUAACCAAAGGACCUCAACCUGUUAGCCAUUCUCAGUAAACCAAAACAAGCUAUCAGCCGUUCA